AUUAUUUUACUUGAGAGCAGACUGCUCACUGAUCGUUUUGAAAGCAGACACUGCCUUAUGCAAUAAUGAGCGGCACACUGGUAGAUAGCGAUGCGCUUGCUGGCAUAUGGCGCGUGGAGCCAAUAUCCUAUUACGAGGAACUGUCAGCGAGGGAACUACGCACGGUCCCGCUGGCGUGUAUUGGUUCUCACUUCACACUAAACAAAGACUCGCUCGUUUGGAUUCGUACCAUUUUUCACGAAACAACAACACUGGGGCCAAAAACUAGUAAUCUGGCUGCCUGUUGGGUGACAGUGACGCGGACAACAUCCACAGAUCAUGUUCGGAACAAGGUGUACCCUGGGACCACAUGGGAAUGUGAACAAAGUCCAUGUAGAUGAAAGCGAGCCGACAGUUGACGAUGAACUUCCGUUUGAGACCCGCGACGUCGUGGUCAGGAAGGAUCGAUGGAUAACAGACGACUAUGCAGUGGGCAAACUCUUAGGAAAAGGAAAAUUUGGUGAAGUUAAAUCAUGUCGAGAAAGACAAUCUGGUCGGGAAAUGGCGGCCAAGUUCAUUGACGUUACGAGUCCUUCUGACAGAAAGGAGAUCGCCAAUGAGGUGGAAAUUAUGAAAUGUUUACAGCAUCCUCGACUGCUACAGUUGUACGACGCCUUUGAGAACAGAGAGAGCUUCUGUCUCGUGCUAGAGCUUAUAUCUGGUGGCGAGCUGUUUGAGCGAGUGAUCAACGACGACUUUAUACUGACGGAGAAAGCGUGUGUCAUGUUCAUGAGACAGAUCUGUGAUGGCAUCACCUUCAUGCACUCCAAGAACAUUCUCCAUCUCGACAUCAAGCCAGAAAAUAUAUUAUGUUUAACCCGGGAAGGUAACAUAAUAAAAAUUAUCGAUUUUGGAUUGGCAAGAAAAUACUCUCCAAAGGAAGAUCUUAGGGUUCUCUUUGGAACGCCAGAAUUCGUGGCUCCGGAAGUGGUGAACUUUGACCCCAUAUCUCCCGCCACAGACUUGUGGAGCGUUGGUGUUGUGUGCUAUGUUUUGUUAUCAGGGUUGUCUCCCUUCAUGGCGGACACGGAGGCAGAAACUCUGGCGAACGUCACGACAGCAACAUGGGACUUCAAUGCAGAAGAGUUCGACAGCAUUUCAAAAGAAGCUAAAGAUUUCAUCUCAAAACUCCUGAUAAAAGAUCCUAGGAAGCGUUUGUCUGCCGCCUCCUGUCUCGAGCACCAGUGGUUGAGGAGAUCAGUGAAGCGAGAAAGUCGGAUACCAGAACGGUCACUGUCCAAAAAACGUUUGAGAAAGUUUGUUUAUAGACGGAAGUGGCAGAAGGCAAUCAAUGCAAUGCUGGCUCUCAGACGGAUGGGUGUAUCGCUCACAUAGGAUCCAUUAUGGUCUGCUGACCUCGUCUCCCAGUGAUCUCUGUUUGAACAAUGUCUGUGGCCACUGUUCGUUGACAAACGCAGUCGAUUGGCUUGAUCUGUACGUGGUACAUCACUCACCGUGAUUCUCUUAUUGAUAAGCAGUCUUCACGGGUGUACCAAGGAAACUAGUUAGCUGACACGACAAAACUGAAAACAAUAACAGCAGCAGGAUACACCAAUAAGAGCAGCAGGAUACACCAAUAAGAGGAUGUUUCAAGCUGGAUGUCAUAUAGGUCAAAUUACUUGAUAUGGCACGUGAAUCUAAUUUUCCGCCACGAACAUGGUUUUUUCAAGUUUAAUAUGACUGAAAUCACAUUGCAUGGCACGUGUCUGAUUUUUUUUCUGCCAAGAACCGGAUUUAUCCAAGUUUGAUAUAUGGGUCAAAUCACAUGAUAUGGCACCCAUUGUGGACCAAUCAUUUACUGUUUUAGAAAGUAAUGUAAUAUUAUGAGCGUGUAGUCGAGAUUAAUUUUCAAUAUGGUAGAACUUACGUGUCUUUAUUUAUAUCAGGACUAUGACUGUCGGCCGAAUUUAGCUAUUUUCUUUUGUAUAUUUAGGACAGUUACAAAAGUCAUGACACGCGGUGGGGUAUAGGAUAUAUUUUCAAACACUCAAAAUCAGUGGAAUAAAAUACACAAUAUAAUAAUAGCGUAUAAGGCAAGCGUGUACAACAUAUAUUUGACUGUAAUACCCACCACACGUACAAUAUAAUACUUUACUAGUAUCUGUAUUCCCUAAAUCAUCCCUACAUAGCAGUCGCCUCUAAAUCAAACCCUCGUAAAGCAUCCAAGCAUAACACAAAUAUGAAUGGAAUGGAAACUGGGUUUAACGUGCCCCUAUCCACAAGGGUUCAGGCACGCCCACUUCGGAUUUAGCCUCUGACAUCGCCAGUGACCAACUCCGAAGCAGGAGGGCACAAAUAUGAGCAGACCAGCCAAGGCUAACACGGUAUAUAAUCCGGGAUUAGUCACGAAGUUAAUCAACGGGGGCUGAAAUAUUAGGUUGUUAAAUACUGUAGUUGACUGGUGUCUUCUUAAGCAUUAGGAAAAGUAUGGUUUCCAAAUAAACCGAGGAGGAUGUAUGCCCCGAAGUCCUUGUCGCACAUAUGCGCAAGAAGUUGACUUAAUCUUAUGUAAUAAUUCCAACUACUUGAAGGGUAAUACAUCCAAACGUGUUAUAUCAUACUUUUCACUGAUAGAACGGGUAGUAGGUUAACGAAAAGCUGUUUUUUUGUGUACACAGUUUGUGGCGUGGGCGCGGGCGAGGAACGCGGUAGGCGAACACGUCUUAAAAUCGGUUUUAUUGUUACCAACAGCAGUGUUUCCUCCAUAUUAAUAACAGAAUUGUCAGCAGCGCCAUUCAAGGUAACCGCUUUCCAUGUGCUCAGUUUUAAGCGAGGUUCGAGGUAGCAACUUUCCAUGUGCUCAGUUUUAAGCGUGGUUCAAGGUAAUCACUUUCCACGUGCACAGUUUUAAGUGUGGUUCGAGGUAGCCUCUUUCCACGUGCACAGUUUUAAGUGUGGUUCGAGGUAGCCUCUUUCCAUGUGCUCAGUUUUAAGCGUGGUUCGAGGUAAUCACUUUCCACGUGCACAGUUUUAAGCGUGGUUCAAGGUAAUCACUUUCCACGUGCACAGUUUUAAGUGUGGUUCGAGGUAGCCUCUUUCCACGUGCACAGUUUUAAGUGUGGUUCGAGGUAGCCUCUUUCCAUGUGCUCAGUUUUAAGCGUGGUUCGAGGUAAUCACUUUCCACGUGCACAGUUUUAAGUGUGGUUCGAGGUAGCCUCUUUCCACGUGCACAGUUUUAAGUGUGGUUCGAGGUAGCCUCUUUCCACGUGCACAGUUUUAAGCGUGGUUCGAGGUAAUCACUUUCCACGUGCACAGUUUUAAGUGUGGUUCGAGGUAGCCUCUUUCCACGUGCACAGUUUUAAGUGCGGUUCGAGGUAGCCGCUUUCCACGUGCACAGUUUUAAGCGCGGUUCGAUCCUUGAUCCGCGACGCUCAUAUGGAAACAUUGCUAUUGAUACCCAUAAAAUCGAUGCUUUGAAGUGUCCGCGCCAAACGGAUGGCCCUGGCAGUUAGGAAUAUGUCAGUUUCCAACAGUUGAACGGGUAAUACUCUACCAAACACUGCGCACAUGGCAGACGGCCCUGACAGUUAGGAAUAGGUCAGUUUACAACAGUGGAACGGGUAAUAAUCUACCAAACACUGCGCACAUGGCAGACGGCCCUGACAGUUAGGAAUACGUCAGUCUACAACAGUGGAACGGGUAAUAAUCUACCAAACACUGCGCACAUGGCAGACGGCCCUGACAGUUAGGAAUACGUCAGUUUACAACAGUGGGACGGGUAAUAAUCUAUACAUACACUGUCAGCUGGUGGACACAGGAAGUUAGAAAAGGACGGACCGCAUCUGUAGAUACCUCCUUUUGGCUGACUGAAUGUUUUUGAUUUGUACAUUUUCAGGAUAUUCCACCAAAUAAUCGUAGGGUUGGAUGGUGGAGUGAGGGGGGGGGGGGGGGGGGGGGGCGCACCACCUGAAUCCGCCAGUGUUUUCCGCUAGUCUGACGGGUGACUGCGUCAUUUAUUCUUACGGCUUUGGUUUUCAACUAGUCGAACGGGUGAUAGACGUUUUAAAAAUUCAUCGUUUGUAUGACUGCCUCGCCAUAGACCAGUCAAAGAGUGUUAUUUAACUUCAAGUAGAACUAGAAAUAUAUACAGCAAUAAAAGGAAUGAAUUCCAACAAGUUAGCUUCAGUACUAGCUUGAUUCAUUGUAUAUAUAUAUGUCAUCGGCCUGGAGUAUCUGCCCGACACGCGCUUCAUCUCAGUUUAAGUAUCGACUAUGGUACGUGCUUCACCGUAAUAAGAAUAUUUAUUUUCUUCCCUCUGACAUUGUAUAUUAAAUGUACAUAGAUAUGCAACAUAAUUUUUUUCAGUGUACAUUAUACAUCUUUGUCAUUUUGUGGUAUUUUGUAUUUUCAAACAGAUUACUGUAUUGACAAAUAAAGAUAUUGGCAUACCAAUA